AUGAAUGGGAAAUUAACAGUGAGGGCGUUGAACUCAAUAUUCCAACAAUGGGAAACACAGGCACCAGACACUUGGAACAUCAGCGGAGAGCCAUGCAGCGGACGUGCUCUUAGUGACAGUGAUUCUGUGUUCGAGGACUCUUCUAAUAACCCGGCUAUUAGAUGUGACUGUUCUUUUGAAAAUGGCACUAUCUGUCACAUAACUAGACUGAGGGUAUUUUCUCUAGAAAAGCGAGGAAAGAUACCAGAGGAGCUUUUAGCUUUGAGAUUUCUGACCUUCUUGAAGAUUGAUCAAAACUUCUUCACUGGUCCCUUGCCAGCAUUUAUUGGAAAUAUGUCCAGACUAGCGUUGCUGUCAGUUGCUCAGAAUUCAUUAUCUGGACCCAUUCCAAAGGAGAUUGGAAAUCUUAAAGAACUCUAUAUGCUGUCUCUUGGUAUUAAUAAUUUCUCUGGAACGCUCCCUCCAGAGCUGGGUAAUCUAGUUGAACUUCAACAACUUUACAUUAACAGUUGUGGAUUCACUGGUGAAAUCCCCUCAACCUUUGCUAACCUUCGAAAUUUGCAAAUUGUCUUGUUGAAUUUCAGGUAUGCAUCAGAUAACGCUUUAACAGGCAAAAUACCUGACUUUAUUGGCAAUAACUGGACAAAGCUUGCAUCAUUGAAACUUGAAGGGAACUCUUUCGAAGGUCCUAUACCAUCCAAUAUUGGAAACUUAACCUCACUGACGAUUCUGCGAAUUUCUGGUAUAUACAAUGGGAGCUCUUCUCUUGAUUUCGUUAGAAAUUUAAAGAACAUAGCCGACUUAGUUCUAAGAAAUGUUUUACUAACUGGUAGUAUUCCGACUGAUAUCGUAGAAUUCCAAUCUUUACAAAAGCUGGAUUUGAGUUUCAACAACUUAACAGGCCAAAUUCCAAGUGAAUUGUUCAAUAUGAAUUCUCUUACGUUUCUUGGAAAUAAUAGUCUGUCAGGUACCCUUCCUAGUCAAAAGAGCCAAAGUCUAAAGAAUAUAGAUGUAUCUUACAAUCAUCUAUCAGGAAAUUUGCCCUCAUGGAGAGACUCAAGCUUACAAGUACUUUUACCAGGAUUGCAAUGCCUUCAAAGAGGUUUCCCAUGCAACAGAAAUGCUCCACGAUAUGCAAACUUUGCAAUCAAGUGUGGUGGUCCACAGAUGACUGCCGAUGGGAUACUUUUUGAGGCUGAGAACAGUACUCUGGGCGCUGCAACGUUUAAUGUAACCAGUACACAAAAAUGGGCAGUUAGCAACGUAGGUUUGUAUGAAGACAGGGAGAAUCCACUGUAUGUGCAAAACACUUUUGCACAAGUGAAAAGCACCAACACUCCAGCGAUUUAUCAGACUUCAAGGAUAUCCCCUGCAUCACUAAGAUACUAUGGCCUAGGCCUUGAGAAUGGGCCUUAUACUGUAAACUUGUUCUUUGCGGAAACAGCGUACCCAGAUAGAAGCACUCAGUCUUGGAAGAGUCUAGGAAGGCGUGUUUUUGAUAUUUAUAUUCAGGGAUCCCUCAAAGCAAAGGAUUUCGAUAUCUCAAAGGAGGCAGGUGGAGCUGAGAGAGCAAUUACUAGGAAUUUCACUGCUAAUGUGACAGAGAACCAUCUUGAAAUUCACCUGUUUUGGGCUGGUAAAGGGACCUGCUGUGUACCAGAAUUCGGUUACUAUGGUCCAUCCAUCUCAGCUAUUAGUGUUGUCCCAGACUUUAUACCAACUGUUAGUGGGUUACCCCCGGGCACUUCUAGCAGGAAAAACCAGACAGCAUUGAUUGUUGGUAUCAUAGUUCCUGUUGGAGUUGCAGCUUUGAUACUGAUAUGUGUGAUUAUUUUCUUUAAGAGAAGAAAGAAAUAUGAUGAUGAUGAGGAAGUGCUUCUCGCAAUUGGUCCUAGACCAAACACAUUUAGCUAUGCUGAGUUGAAAGCCGCCACAGAAGACUUUAGUCCUUCAAACAAAUUAGGAGAAGGGGGAUUUGGAGCAGUCUACAAGGGUACACUUUCUGAUGGGAGGGUAGUAGCUGUGAAGCAACUUUCAGUAGCAUCUCACCAAGGGAAAAGUCAAUUUAUUGCUGAGGUAGCUACCAUAUCAGCAGUGCAACAUCGCAAUCUUGUCAAACUAUACGGAUGCUGCAUCGAAGGGAAAAGGCAUCUCCUUGUUUAUGAGUAUCUUGAGAACAAAAGCCUUGAUCAGGCACUCUUUGGACGCAGUGACUUGCAUCUUGAUUGGGCAACCCGCUUCAAUAUCUGCUUAGCAACUGCAAGAGGGUUAGCUUAUCUUCACGAGGAGUCUAGGCCACGGAUUGUACACAGAGAUGUUAAGGCAAGUAAUAUUUUGCUUGAUGCAGAACUAUGUCCAAAAAUAUCUGAUUUUGGAUUGGCAAAGCUCUAUGAUGACAAAAAAACGCACAUCAGCACUCGGGUUGCAGGAACCAUUGGCUACCUGGCGCCAGAGUACGCAAUGCGUGGACAUCUCACUGAGAAAGCUGAUGUUUUCGGCUUUGGUAUUGUUGCUUUGGAGAUCCUCAGCGGUAGACCUAACACUGAUAAUAGCUUGAAGGAUGACAAGAUCUAUCUUCUGGAAUGGGCAUGGGCUAUACAUGAAAAUAACCAAAGCUUGGAUUUGGUUGAUCCAAAUUUAGUGGAGUUGGAUGAAAAUGAAGCUCUCCGAGUGAUGGGAGUGGCACUUUUGUGCACUCAAGGAUCACCAACGAUGCGGCCGCCCAUGUCUCGUGUCGUUGCUAUGCUUGCAGGAGAUAUUGAAGUGAGCGGUAUUAUAACAAGGCCAAGUUAUCUAACUGACUGGGAUUUUAAGGAUUUAACAGGCAGCUUUAUGACAGAAGAUACACAAAACUCCAUAGCAUCUGAGAAUACUGACAACAAUAGUAAUAUCAACAUUAACCCAGGGGCAGCACCAAAUCUUUCUUCAGUAAAUGUCACCGAAUUCAGUGACAUUAUGGAAGGAAGGUGA